UGGGAGCGCAGCGGAGCGCGCGGCAGAGAGCCGGGCGCGUGGGGACGCGGGAGUGCGGGGUUCUGGGCGAGCCGCGCGGCGCACGGAGGGAGCCGGCCGCCACCCGCCGCCUGUGUACUGGGCGGCAUCCCGGGCCGCGGUAGCCCGGCUCCAGGGGAGCGCGCCCCGCCAUGGAGCCUUCGCACAAAGACGCCGAGACGGCGGCGGCGGCGGUGGCGGCGGCGGACCGGGGGGCGUCCUCGUCCAGUGGGGUGGUGGUGCAGGUCCGCGAGAAGAAGGGCCCCCUGCGCGCCGCCAUCCCCUACAUGCCCUUCCCCGUGGCCGUCAUCUGCCUCUUCCUCAACACUUUCGUGCCAGGACUGGGGACGUUCGUCUCGGCUUUCACCGUGCUGUGCGGUGCCCGCACUGACCUCCCAGACAGGCAUGUGUGCUGCGUCUUCUGGCUGAACAUCGCUGCUGCCCUCAUCCAGAUCCUCACGGCCAUCGUCAUGGUGGGCUGGAUCAUGAGCAUCUUCUGGGGCAUGGACAUGGUCAUCCUCGCCAGCUACAAGGAGCAGGGCAUCCCACAGCAGCUGUGAGCCCAGGCAAGCCGCUCAGAAGCCUGGUGCCCCGAGGGCCACGCCAGGCAGCGGCAGACACGGGGUCUUCACACGUUCUCUUCUGCCGUUUCCUGGGUUUGGAGUGGAAAGAGGGGAUUUAAAACUAUUAUUUAUUUUGAAAAUGCAUCUGCUUUUCUCAGCAGGUUCUGAGGGCUGCCAGCUUCUCCCGCUGCUUCAGAAAGCCUGGUUUCGGUGGGUGGUGUGGCAGACCCCCAGAGCAUCUGGGAGGGGUGGGGAAGAAGGUGGAGACGGGAGUGCUGACAGGGAGGCUGGAGCACCCAGCUCCCUUGGCCUGCUUCGCAUUGCCCACUGCCCACCAGGAGGGCAAGAGGUGCUGCAUGACCAGACAGCAGUGGCCUGGUCCAGGUGUGCAGGACAGUCCUGCCCAUCAAGGGGCCGGACUGCAGUGGACACUUCCUCCAGGUCCCCAUCCCCUGCCAGAGCGGUCUCGUGGGGGCAGCAACAGGGCGGAAGUGAGGAUGGACAGACUCCCAUCCUGAAAAGAAUGUGCCCUCAGCUGUCGGGGGUACAGAUCCCCACAGGUGUCUCCUGGCCCUGCCCUCUCUCAUCACAGCCCCCACCUCCUUGCCACGGAAACCUCGGGGCCUUUGUUUCUCUGGGAAGGAGAGCAGUGGCUCCAUGCCUGGGGUGAAACUGCUGGACUUGCCAGAUGUUCAGACAUAAACGUACCAACCUGGGUCUGAGUGGGCAGCCUUUCACAUUACACUCAACACCAUUUUGGCUUCAUAGUCCUUUCUCUGAAAUCCUUAGGGCCAGACGGGUCUCUGAAUUCAGAACUUUUGGAUCUGAGGAAGAGAGUAAGAGACAUUUACCAAUUCAUUUCCUAACAGCCCAGCAGAGUCUGGAACAGCGCUCUGCCAUCAAACACGUGACCAUUUCUGCAGAGAAAUAUGUGAAUAGUCAGACUAAUUAGGAUCAAUAACACUGUAAAUAGUGUCACCUCAGUACAGGUCAGAUUUUGCCACUAAAUAAGUUAUGGGAGAAAACUCACCAUUUGAGAGCUUUUGGGGUUUUAGAAUUGCCAAAAAAAAAAAAAAAAAAAAAAAGUAUGGCUUGUGGACCUGUCUUUGAAAAUCCUUCUUGCAUAGAUGCCUUCGGGUGACAUUGUUGGCGUUACAGAAUUUUCUCCCAUUGCAAAGGGGUGGUUGGGUCCUUUAAGAAACCUCUGUGAGUGAUUGUUACAGAGCUGGCGCCAACAGAAGCUGUCCAAGCUACUUCAGGUCAAGAUUGAUCAGAAAUUAAGAGAAAGCAGAUCUAAAUGGCAGUAACAAGGUGGACAUCUACACGUCUGUUUUAUUUUCAUUUUCAUUCUAAUGAAAUGUAGGAUGAAAUGUAGGAAUCGCUAAAAUGGGACUGGCCCAAAGCCAAGUUUCCAGGCUUACCGGACUUUGUGCCAUUGGAUGGGUUUCUCUCUGAGGG